AAAAAUAGAGAGGAAACCGGCCUCGAGUGGCCGAGUCUCCGCCUCCCACCAGGGCCGCCCCCACUGCCCGCUCAAGGCCGGCCUCUUGCCCAGGGGACGCAGGUGCCCGCCGCUGAUGCCACGCAGCUCUGAAGCUGGACACGGCUGCCCCGAGGACCCCCCAUGCCAGACAGUGGAGACAACCCGCAGGCGAGCCGGGCCCCCCGGGAAAGCCCGGCAGCCAGGUUCUUAAGCAGACUGCCGCCCAGUGGGCCUGGGCGUGUUCGCAAACUUAGUUUGAGCCUGCGGUACCAGCAAGGAGUAAGGCCGAAUGUGACAAACAGCUCUCCGACUGAUGGGCAGAUACUCUCCAAAGAGUCCCUCAGCCAUGCUGUCACACCCUUGUCCCCAGAGGAGGUGAGGGACGCCCAGUUGGAUUGCUCAGAGGAGCCGCUGUGGACGACCCGGACGGACGGACGCGUCCACCUGCGUGUCCACCCCACCUGCCCGCAGCCGCCCUGCACCAUUCACCAGAUGUUCCUGGAGUCCCUGGACAAGUACGGACACCUCAGUGCCCUGAGCUUCAAGCGCCUCGGCGUGUGGGAGGACAUCUCUUACUCCCAGUACUACCUGCUGGCCCGGAGAGCCGCCAAGGGCUUCCUAAAGCUCGGCCUGGAGCGGACCCACAGCGUGGCCAUCCUCGGCUUCAACUCCCCGGAGUGGUUUUACUCAGCGGUGGGCACCGUAUUUGCCGGCGGCAUCGUCACCGGCAUCUACACCACCAGCUCCCCGGAGGCCUGUCAGUACAUCGCCCAAGACUGCCAAGCCAACAUCAUUGUGGUCGACACACAGAAGCAGCUGGAAACGAUCUUGAAGAUCUGGAGAAAUCUGCCACAUCUGAAGGCCGUAGUGACAUAUGGAGAAGCCCCUCCCAGGAAUAUGGUCAGCGUAUACACGAUGGAGGAGCUCCUGGGGCUAGGGGCCGAGCUGCCGGAGGAGACCCUGGACGCGGCCAUCGGUGCCCAGCAGCCCAACCAGUGCUGCGUGCUAAUCUACACCUCGGGCACCACGGGCAGCCCCAAGGGCGUGAUGCUGAGCCAGGACAACAUCACGUGGACGGCGCGGCACGGCAGCCAGGCGGGCGGCAUCCAGCCGGCCGAGGUCCAGCAGGAGGUGGUGGUCAGCUACCUGCCCCUCAGCCACAUCGCCGCGCAGAUCUACGACCUGUGGACGGGCAUCCAGUGGGGGGCCAAGGUCUGCUUUGCCGAGCCGGACGCCCUGAAGGGGAGCCUGGUGAACACGCUGCGGGAGGUGGAGCCCACGUCCCACAUGGGGGUGCCUCGGGUGUGGGAGAAGAUCAUGGAGCGCAUCCAGGAGGCGGUGGCUCAGUCAGGGUUCAUCCGGCGCAAGAUGCUGCUCUGGGCCAUGUCGGUGACCCUGGAGCAGAACCUGACGUGCCCCGGCAGUGGCCUGAAGCCCUUCGCGGCCAGGCUGGCAGACCGCCUGGUGCUGGCCAAGGUCCGCCAGGCCCUGGGCUUUGCCAGGUGUCAGAAGAACUUCUACGGAGCGGCCCCCAUGGCCACGGCGACACAGCGCUUCUUCCUGGGCCUCAGCAUCCCCUUGUACUCGGGCUAUGGCCUCAGCGAGACCUCGGGGCCCCACUUCAUGUCCAGCCCGCGCAGCUACCGGCUCACCAGCUCCGGCAGGCUGGUGCCAGGCUGCCUGGCGAAGCUGGUUAACAAGGACGCGCAGGGCGUCGGGGAGAUCUGCCUGUGGGGCCGCACCAUCUUCAUGGGCUACCUGAACAUGGAGGACAACACGCGCUCGGCCAUCGACGCCGAUGGCUGGCUGCACACGGGCGACCUGGGCUGGCUGGACGAGGACGGCUUCCUCUACGUCACGGGGCGCCUCAAAGAACUGAUCAUCACAGCCGGAGGGGAGAACGUGCCCCCUGUGCCCAUCGAGGAGGCCGUGAAGGCGGAGCUGCCCAUCAUCAGCAACGCCAUGCUCAUCGGGGACCAGAGGAAGUUCCUGUCCAUGCUGCUCACCUUCAAGUGCAAGCUGGACCCAGACACCUGCGACCCGACGGACUGCCUGACCGAGCAAGCCGUGGAGUUCUGCCAGCGGGUGGGCAGCACGGCCACCACCGUGUCCGAGAUCGUGGGGAGGAGGGACGAGGCCGUGUACCGGGCCAUUGAAGAGGGGGUCCAGAGAGUCAACAUGAAGGCAGCCGCCCGGCCCUACCACAUCCAGAAGUGGGCCGUCCUCCACAGGGACUUCUCCAUCGCGGGCGGAGAGCUGGGUCCCACGAUGAAGCUGAAACGGUUAACAGUCCUGGACAAGUACAAAGACGUCAUCGAUUCCUUUUACCAGGAGCAGAAAAAGUGACCGGGGGCCAUCCCCCAGCCUCUGCUGAAGACCGCAGGCCUCCGGGGUGCCUCUAGGCUCUAGGUGCCCCUCAGUUCGCUGAGAUCUCUGGCAAGUCAGGGAGGUCUGGGGUCAGGGUGAUGCAGGGACGUUUGCAACAGCAGCUGGCGGUUCCAGGAAGCUUCACGUGUGGGUAGUUUUAAUUUUAAGCCUUUUGUUCAGGUGACACUGGAGAUCGGCUCUCCCCCCAACCCCCAACCAGCUGUCCAGCGUGGGGGGGUGGUUCCCGGCCCUACAAGGGGGAGGGUGGGGGAGGGCGGCCGAAUCACUCACGCCCCUGCACCCGCCCCCUAUCGGCCCGCUCACCCUGAUCUGGCGGGCGCCGCCGCUUGGGCACCGGGCUGUCCCGUGCCUUGCACUUGCUGACUGAUCUGAUGUUUAGUAAGACUGCCGCUGCCUAAGUGAUUGUGCGAGGGUGUAAUCUGAAUAUUAAACUAUUUAACAGAACUGCCAA